CUCCCCCCCUCCCAUCGCUCUCGCUCCUCCUCUCAUUCUGCCUCCACCCCUCCCCGACCGCGUCUGCCGUUCCGCCACACAGUGAGAGGCCGUCGCUUCGCCCUUCACCCCUCGGCUGCCGUGAGAGAAGAGGGGAGACGAUAGAAGAGUGGGUAGAAGACUCGAGGAGAUAGAAGAGGAGGCCUCCAGCCCGGGGCGGACGGACCGCGGCGUCUCCCUCCGCCUCCCCACGGUCAUGGGCAGCGGCGUGGACAGAGCCACAGAAGCGGGGCCCUGACCGAGUGACAGAGCCACAGAAGCGGGGCCCUGACCGUGUGAGGGGAGCAGAGGGGGAUCGGGGCGAGGGGCAAUCAGGGCCCUGAUAAGUUGAGACCUGGAAGAAAGGGAGCAGCGCCUUGAACAGAAGAGCAAGACGACCAGGGGAGAGCUGGGCCCCCAGAAGUUGAACUGGGACCCCUGUGUAAGGAAUCUGGGGCCCUAGAGAGGGAUCGGGGCCCCGGGGAGAGGGAUCUGUGCCGCCGCCGCCGCGAUGAGAUGAGGUGGAGGCACUGCGCCCUGGCCGUGCUGCUCGUGUGCGCCGCCGUCUCAUACUUCUCCUGGAUGCUGGCAUUCAAGCCCGCCUCGCUCGGUCUUGUGGAUGGAUCGCCUCUCCGGGAGAUGCGCUUGCUGCAUGAGCGCCUGCAGGCGGCCGAGCAGCUGAGUGUGCAGCGAUCGGAGGACCUUCACCGGAUCUUGGCGCAAGUGUACCGUGCCGUCUACAGCAAGACGUCAACCGACAACAACUCCUGGGCGGCCCUGUCCAACGAAACGCAGCGUCUGCUGAAGGAGCUGACCCUGCACGGCAGCCUGCACGUACCCAGCAUCUACCAUUACCUGCCUCACCUGCGCAGCCAGCCUCACGGCCUACAGCCGCUGGUGCACGCCAGCGCCAGCCGCACUGGCGUGUCCAUGGUGCUGGGAGUGCCCACGGUGAAACGGAAGGUGCAGAGCUACCUUAUCGACACGCUCAACUCGCUUAUCCACGAGCUGUCGCCCACUGAGAAGGAUGACUGCAUCAUCGUCGUGUUCAUCGGGGAGACCAACGUCCACCACGUGAGCGAGAUCGUCGAGGAGCUCAAGACUGGGUUUGCAUACGAAAUCAACUCGGGGCUCUUGGAGGUCGUGUCUCCGUCACCCAGCUACUACCCGGACCUCGGCAACCUGAGAGAGACCUUCGGCGACUCCCUGGAGAGAGUCAAAUGGAGAACCAAGCAAAACCUGGACUACUGCUACCUGAUGAUGUACGCUCAGUCCCGUGGCCACUACUACCUGCAGCUGGAGGAUGACAUCAUGGCCCGGCCCAACUACUUCAGCCUCAUUAAGAAGUUUGCUGAGCAGCAGUCACUGGAGGACUGGAUGAUCCUGGAGUUCUCCCAGCUGGGAUUCAUCGGGAAACUGUUCAAAUCGUCGGACGUGAACAUGCUGGUGGAGUUCAUCCUGAUGUUCUACAGGGACAAGCCCAUCGACUGGCUACUCGACCACAUCCUCUGGGUCAAGGUCUGCAAUCCCGAGAAGGAUGCGAAACAUUGCCAGCGGCAGAAGGGGAACCUGCGUCUGCGCUUCAAGCCGUCGCUGUUCCAGCACGUGGGCCACCACUCCUCGCUGGCCGGCAAGGUUCAAAAGCUCACAGAUCGUGACUUUGGGAAGCCUCAGCUGCACAAGUCGUACCCAAAUCCGGGUGGGGAGGUGAGCACCAGCCUCAAGGUGUACCAGCACCACUCGCUCGACAAGGCCUACCAAGGCCUCGACUUCUUCUGGGCCCUCACACCCGUCGCCGGGGACUACAUGCUCUUCAGGUUCAGCCAGCCCGAGAAGAUCAGCAGGUAUCUGUUCAGGAGUGGGAACAUCGAGCACCCAGGAGACAAGCUCCACAACACCACGGUGGAGGUGCUGCUCGCCCAGGGAAAGGAGACCGGGCAGGAGGCAUUGCAGGACAUCAAGGACAAGAUUCCUGGCCUUCAGUUCACAGAUGAUGGUUAUUUGAGGAUAGGAGCAUUUGUAAACGGCGUGGCCGAGGCGACGGUGGGCCCCGCACUGGGUCCCGUGCGAGCCGUGCGUCUCUGCAUGCUAUCCGACUCCCCCGUGUGGGUCAUCCUCAGUGAGAUACAGAUUGAGAGGCGGAUGACGGGGGGUGGGGUGUGAGCCGUGCAGAGGGAGACGGGUUCGAUGCCAAAGAAAAGCUGCGACUUGGACAGUCUACGGCAGUUCUGCCCUUCGACCAUCGCCAGGGCGGACCCCUUGUGCCACCCGCCCCGGCGCGCCUCACAGAUGUAUAUUUUAUUGUGUCGAUUACCGUGGGUGGUUUGGGUGGUGGGUAACAUUAUUUAUUUAACAAAUGAGACCGAAUUUACCACCAAUCGCAUUCUCAGGCUAGAUUAUGAUUUAGGGUCAUGCUUUGUCUUGUUGGGAUGACAUGUCGCGUUCCUGGGGUCGUAUGUCGCGUUCCUGGUGUCCAUGUCGUGUUCCUGGGAUCCACGUCGUGUUCCUGGGGUCACAUGGCAUGUGACUGGGAGUUGCGUGCCUACAUUGCACAAGUUGCAAGGCCUACCCCAGGCCAGCCUUUGUCUGCCGCCUGCCCUUCUCACCAGAGCUGUGUGAUUUGCUAUCUAAACUAGAGUUGUUAAACAAUAACCGGUAACCGCUAUCAGAACCGGUUGCCAGUUCCGGAACUGGUAAUAUAUUGCAGUGGAACGUUUGUGAUGAACACACGGAUAGGCUCGCGUGAGCAUAAAAACAGCAUGGCGCAGGCCCAAGUCACCGCGUGAUUCAUGUGUUCUCGAUUCUCAGUUAAAGAUGCAGCCCUGCAAUUGCUUACUCAAGCCACUGGUGGCAGAAUGGCCUUCACGAGAGAGCUCUGUAGAGGGCAUUUGGUCUAACUUGCGCCAUUGUUUCAAUUGCCAUGCCCGGAGAUGGAAUCGAAUCGGCGAUCUCUGCAUGGUGAGCCCAGUGCGCUGCUCGCCAUUACUCCGCUUUGGCAGCUGCACUUGUCUCGGAUAAAAUUAUGGAACUCUCCCGUUUGUAUCUCUAGACGUUUCUGUCCAUGUGGCAAACUGGUAAAUAACCGGUUUUUAUAUUUCAUGUGGUUACCUAUUAUGCGGAAAACCCGAUUUUAACUGCGCUCGUGCGAGAGUGCUCCAUGAGUAUGCCGUUCCUGUGCGAUGCAGUCGCUGGAUUUAUGCAACAAAGAUUGCGGCCGCGACGCCGCUGCUGCUGCCUCUGCCGAUCGUGGGUUUUGUACCGAAUAAUGUCGACUCUCUCUGUAGGGACGGAGCGUUUGUACCGUUUCACUUUUAAUAACAAGACGUGUGCAAUUUUAAAACUCCGCACGUGGACGUGUGAUAGUGUUUAAUUAAAUUGCCAACAUUUCAAGAAGUAAAUAUGUGUAAAGAAUUUGACGGCAAAAUAUUAGUUUUUGUGUCCCAGCGCCACUGCCAAGGACCGUUGCGCGUGCUCUCACAGCGAUGUUUUAUUAAACAUGGAGAGUUUGAAGCGA